CACUCGGGCGAGAGCGCGGCAGCCGGAGCCGGGCGCCCGCGAGCCAAAGGCGCGGCGGCUGGACCGGGCGCGGGCCGAGGAGGCCAGAGACCGCCCGGGGCGGCGCUCGCGCUUUGUUCCCGCGCGGGCAGCCGGGAGGGCGGAGCGAGCGGCCGGAGCCGAGCCCGGGCAUGGCCCAGGCGGCCGCCCCGCGCGCCCCGGCCCCGCCGCGCGCCUGAGUCUGACGCGGCGGGAGAAGACGGAGCGCGGAUCGCCCCCAAGUUACGGAGGCGGGGACCGAAUUCGAAGGAAAAGCCACUUCAGGAGCCAGGUCGCGAGAGUGCGAUCGCCUCCGUCUGCCGGACCUCCGGACCCCGUGGACAGGAAGGAGAAGGCUGCCGCCAUGCCUGACUCCCCCGCGGAGGUGAAGACACAGCCCCGGUCCACGCCCCCCAGCAUGCCGCCCCCUCCACCCUCUGCGUCCCAGGGCACCACACGGCACUCCUUCACACCCCACACAAAUCGAGAGGACGGGCCUGCGAUGUCCCUGCCCCACGGCCGUUUUCAUGGCUGCUUAAAGUGGUCUAUGGUCUGUCUUUUAAUGAACGGCGGCAGCCACUCGCCGACAGCCCUCAACGGCACCCCAUCCACGCCCAACGGCUUCAGCAAUGGCCCAGCCACCUCAUCCACAGCCUCACUGUCCACACAACACCUGCCCCCAGCCUGCGGGGCACGGCAGCUCAGCAAACUCAAGCGCUUCCUCACCACCCUGCAGCAAUUCGGCAGCGACAUCUCCCCAGAGAUCGGGGAACGCGUCCGCACGCUUGUGCUGGGGCUUGUGAACUCUACACUGACCAUUGAGGAGUUUCAUUCCAAGCUUCAGGAGGCCACCAACUUCCCACUGCGCCCAUUUGUCAUCCCUUUCCUGAAGGCAAACCUGCCCUUGCUGCAGCGUGAACUCCUGCACUGCGCCCGCCUGGCCAAGCAGACCCCUGCCCAGUACCUGGCCCAGCACGAGCAGCUCCUGCUGGAUGCCAACGCCUCUUCCCCCAUUGACUCCUCGGAGCUCCUGCUGGAAGUCAAUGAGAACGGCAAGAGGAGGACACCUGACAGGACCAAAGAGAAUGGGUCAGACCGCGACCCGCUGCACCCAGACCCCCUCAGCAAACGGCCGUGCACCCUGAGCCCUGCCCAGCGCUUCAGCCCCAGCAAUGGGCUGCCCCACCCCACGCCGCCACACUACCGCCUCGAGGACAUGGCCUUGGCCCACCACUCCCGUGACUCCUAUCGCCACCCUGACCCCCGGGAGCUUCGGGAGCGCCAUCGGCAACUCAUGGUCCAUGGGUCACGGCCAGAGGAAGUGAUCGACCACAGGCUCACUGAGCGCGAGUGGGCUGAGGAGUGGAAGCACCUCAACAACCUCCUGAACUGCAUCAUGGACAUGGCCGAGAAGACGCGGCGGUCCCUCACCGUGCUGCGCCGGUGCCAGGAGGCUGACCGCGAGGAGCUCAACCACUGGGUCCGGCGCUACAGCGAUGCUGAGGACACCAAGAAGGGCCCCUCGACCACCACCACCCGGCCCCUCGGCAGCUCGACAGGAGCAGAGGGGUCUCAGCUAGACGUGCACCGGGAGUUCAUGCCUAGGACCCUCUCCAGCUACAUGCCCGAGGAGAUCUGGAGGAAGGCUGAGGAGGCGGUGAAUGAGGUGAAGCGGCAGGCAAUGUCUGAGUUGCAGAAAGCUGUGUCAGAUGCCGAGCGGAAGGCCCACGAGCUCAUCAGCACAGAGCGCGCCAAGAUGGAGCGGGCCCUGGCCGAGGCCAGGCGGCAGGCCUCGGAGGAUGCCCUCACUGUCGUCAACCAGCAGGAGGACUCCAGUGAGAGCUGCUGGAACUGUGGGCGCAAGGCCAGCGAGACGUGCAGCGGCUGCAACGCAGCACGCUACUGCGGCUCCUUCUGCCAGCACAAGGACUGGGAGAAGCACCACCACGUGUGCGGCCAGAGCCUGCAGGGCCCCUCAGCCGUGGUGGCCGACCCGGUGCCAGGACAGCCCGACGCCACCACCAGCCUGGGCCCCUGCCUGCCCACGGGUGCUGCCAGCCCCAGUGAAGCUGGCUCCACGGGGCCCUCUCGCCCUGGCUCCCCUGGCCCACUGGACGCCGCACCCCGCUGACCCCUCCUAGACCCGCUGCUCGGCCCACGGACAUGCGCCCACCAACCCCGCCGAGCCCCAGCUGCCGGACACUUCGCCCGGCCCUGGGAGCCCGACCAUUGGAGUCACUGCUGCUACUGCUUCUCUCCAAAAGAAAACACAGAACCAACAAAAAAUGCAUUCAACGCAACUUCCUCAGCUACCUGACGAUCUCACGCGACAACCUCUUCAAGCAUCCUCAGACCCUCCCCCCGGCUUUAGACCACGGAGGGACCGGCUGGAGCUCCGCCAGCUCGUCCACUGCCCUUCUCUCCCGCUCCCUCCCACUCCCUCUCUCUACCUCUCCUUCUCCCUCUCCCCCUCCUUUUUUUUUUCCUGUCUUUAUGACUUUCACACACUUUCUCUUUAAUGAAAAAAAAAAACUAGUUGUUUGGUGGCUUAUAUUUUCAGUGAAGAAUUUUGGGGGAUUUUUAUGGCACAAGAGCCACUCAGAAAUGGACUAAGAAAACUGUGGGGGUUCCCCCCUUCCUAAUUAAAAAGGGAAAAAGAAAACUGUUAUUUUAUAGCCGGAGAUCUGAGCCUCUGCGUCACCGAAACUACCCCAAGGGUAUGUGGCUGAUUCGGUGGAGACAGUAAGAAAGACUUCAGUUUCUGACCCAAGAAGCAUUUUUGGUUUCAGAUUUUUUUUUUUUCCUUUAAUGUCAAACUCUUUGGCUUUAAGUAGAAAUCCAAAAAGUUUUUUUAAAAAGUAAAGGAAGCAUACCUGUAAACUACCUUGCCAGCUAGCCAGCCAAGGAUGCCGCACACACCUCUGCUCCAAAGGAAAUCCAAAAAGCAAACACGAGAAGUCAAAAUCCAAAAUUUGUCACUGCCAAAGUAUUUUUUCACUGUUUUACUCCACUCUUGGGUUUGUACAGAUGUUGGUCUUUUCUUUUUAUUCUGUUUUUAGAGUUUGGGAUAUUGGGGUUUGGAGGGGUUUGCCCAACAAGAAGCCACAUUUGUUUCUUUUUGACUAGACGGCAACGCCUUUGCUGGGCACAGGGCGGUGGGUCUCGAGCCCUCAGCACCCCACCCGCCGUGCGUGUGUCUGCGUGUGCACACGGGGCAUGCCUGGCCAUGCACUACACGUGUGCAGGGGAAGAUGCCUCCAUCUGUCCUCACGCCCUCUGUGAAUUUUCAUCACAUUUCAUUUCUUCCACUUGUGAAAAAAAGUGCUAACGUGUCCUUCCCAGAGAGAGCAUAAUUCUGAAACAAAACUGUGACAAUCUUUCGGGUUGAUUCUUGGGUGCUUUUCAAAGCACGAGGAGACAGCAACUGCGCCAAUAACGACUGCUUCUCCGUUUUUCCUCCUCUACCUCUUCUCCCCUCCUCAGUGCUGCCCCACCCAACUCGUCUUUGCCCCAUCGCCACCUUCCACCAGUGUCCCCUGAACCUGUUCUUCUUUCUUCACAUUUUUACAGAAAAAAAAAAAAAAAAAACUCCAAACAAGAACAGUCUGCCCUCUCCAUGCCUUCGGGAGACUUAGUCGGCUGUGUAUAACCUCACGUUUCUGUCCAGCUGAUCAUCAGUGGGGAUGUCCCCUCACUCUAGCUCUGUCCUCCCUUUCCCACUCAACUCCCCCAAGCGAUCUCAAGGAGGAAAUAAAGGAGUAAGGAAUUCUCACCUGUACUCAGUGGAGAACAGACAGCAGCAUGGUCCAUGAUCUGGCAUUUUCUUGCAUCGCUGUGAGAAGUUCCCAGGACUGGAGUGCAAUACAGAGAGUGACCAGCUACUGAAACCGGGGCUCCUGGGGGGCCCCACCAAGAGGCAAGAAGUCAAUAGUGUACGUUAAUGUGAAUGUAUAUAGUCCUUGCAGAGGUCCAAAUAAUGAUAUUCAUGAUGAUAAUAAAGAAGAGAUGUUUGCCAAAUAAAAAAAAAUUAAGAGAAACUGCAGAAGUAUGUCAAGUGUAGGAAAUCGAUUUUCAAAGAAAUCUGAACUGUGGUUCUACGGGGAGCAAUGGGUUGGUUUGAUUAUUGUUAUCUCUUUUCCAGAGUUGUAAGAAUUCAUUCUUUGAGUAUUGAAAAGAUGGAUUUCAUCUGGUUGCCACAGACCAGGUGCCACCCCGAACAACACCUGACAGUGAAAACCUAAUUCUGAAAUAGACCUAAUUCCAAGAUAGAUCUCUUUAUCCUCCAGAAAGCGCCCCAUCCCAGCCACCAUCUCCAAGGCCUGGUGAGUGGGUCUGUCACACUCUCAGAGGUUUGCUUUCGUGGAUGUCAGGAAAGCAAGGACCAGUUUGGGAUUGGGGCUCUCAAGACAGCGAAGGCUGCUGUCGUGUUCCCAGCCUGCCGCCCUUCUCUCUCCUGAGUGUCGCGUCUAUUAAAACGGUGGCUGCGGAUGUGCAGUGACAUGGGUUUGCUCCCCUUGGAGGUGGGCGCUCUGGACUCUGUUCCCACGAGGUUUGCUGCUAAACGGGGUGUCUGGAGAGUGUCUGGCCUGGGCACGCUGGGGGUCUGGUGGAAGAGGGCGAAGGCCCCUCAUCACUCACGCCCCUGCCGUCUGGACUUGGGGGUGAGGCUGAUGGUCUGAUGGAGAAGCCCCUCACCUGGAGACCUGCAGGUUUGCCUUGAAGGCCUCUGUUUCCCUUCCCCUUGCAUGGCCCCCCUUUGGGGACAAGCAGGUUUGCCAGGGACACUGGCAUGUUGGUCAGCUGGCAACGUCCAGAUCAGACCAACCUCCAGGUCUGAACCCCGGGCUGAGGGCCUGAGGUGGGACAGCCCCUCCCACCCCAGCAAUCAGGAGGAGGGCACCCCCAGUCCAUCUACAAAAGGUUUCCUGGUGUGGUUCUCACAUCCAGAUCCCAUAGUCCAAGAAGCCACCACUGGCGGGGCUGCAGAAACCUAGCAUGAGCGGCUGGCCAUACGCCCAGGGCAGAGCCCCUGCGGGCCUAGAGCAUCCUCAGGACCAGGGGAUGGCAGCAAGGUGGGGUGGGGGUUGCCGUGAGGAAGCCAGGCCCAGAGUGGGCGGGAGGGUGCUGAGCUGGCUACGGCUGUGUCAGCCCAGUAGGCAGGUCCUCCCACUCCUCCUGCCCAGGGAGUUGUGAGGAAGGUGCUGGCGCUCCCUUCCAUGCUCAGAGAGCUGGCGUUUCUAUCGCUGUGCUUAGGCCCCUGUGGCCAAAGACCUCACAACCAAAUAUGGCAUCAAUAGCUUGGGGUGGGGGGGGGCAGAGCUUUCGCAUUAGGACUUGGACUAGAGGCGCUAAACAUGAGUGUCCAUGCAGCACCUGUCUGCACCUGGAGCACUGCCUUUCUUGUGCAACGAGGGGAUCUAGCUUCCUACUGUCUGCUCAGGGGCUGUUCUGCCCUGGUACCUCCUGAGCUUUGACCAGGGGUGCGGCUGCCAGGGUCUCCUCUCCGCAGGCCACCACCACUCAGGUGACCCAAAACUCAGCGAGGUGCAGCUCUCGAAGAGCCUCCUUCCCUCCAAACCAAAAUGGCAGCUUUACCUCCUGAGGCCAAAACUAUGACAGGAAGGCGGCAGCCAGAGCCCACAGCCCACAGGCGAGGGAUAGCAGGAUGUGUGCCCACACCGGGCCCCUCCUUCACCCCGUGUGGAAAGUACCCCGUGUGUGACCCUCAACAUUUCCAUCCCCUCCUCUCAUCUCCUAUUUUCCAUCCUGUCCUGGACCCAGGCUGGUCUUUCUCUUAGGAUGUGUCACCAUCCCAGGUGGUGUCUGGGGGGUAUUCUGUUGGCAAAGACCAGUGCCUCCCAUUACAUGCAUGGACAGGCUGGCAUACCCCAGAGCUCCUCUGAAUAGGGAGGGCUCCAUCCCCAGGCUCACCAGGACACAGGGAAGCCAGGACCGGGGGCAAAGAGGAAAGCUGGAGCCUCAGGGGCCCAGGAGGGUUACAGCUGUGGGACAAGAGAAGCAGCCUCCCAGGAGGGGUCUCCUGUGGGCUUGGCAAAUGGGGUCACUCAUCAAGGCUCCAAGAGGUUCAAUGGAGGAGGGAGAUGGACAGGAAAGGGGCAGGAAGGUGUUGGUUUUGGUUUUAUCCCAGCGACAUGGUGGAGAGGGAUCGGCUCAGGCCCUGACUUUCUCCUGUUUGCCAGUUUUUCCAAAUAUAUCCUCAAAAUGACACCAAAGCCUUGUCUCUGUCGUCUACCCAUCUUGCCUAUCCCAGCCCACUCUAGCUUUCAUGUCCAGCCAUCAUUCUGCCCAUCCCCUCAGCCCAUCUACAGUUAUUUAUUGACUCUCUCUUUUCAUCAAGUCAUCCUUUUGUCCAGACCAGUCAUGUGUCUGGCUAUCCAUUCCCAUCCACCCACUGACUCACCCAUCUAUUCAUAUGACCACCCAUCCAUCUAUCUGCCCAUCUAUCCAUUCAUCCAUCCAUCUACUCAUCCAUCCAUCUAUCCAUACAUUACUAUAUCACAACCAUCACUUGAUCCCAUCCUCCCCCAUUCAUCCUUCUACCCAUCCGCUUGUCUCUCCACCAUUCAUCCCUAUGCAUGUUUCUAUCCACCCCUCCUCCAAUCUAACCCAUACAACCAUAUCUCAAUCCAUCCACCUCUGCAGCCACUGAACCCAUUAGUAGCACCACCAACCCCCUUCAUGUUCCAAAGCUCGAGGGUGCUUUGGAUUCUCCUUCCAUGACCUGAGCUUUCUCACAUCUGUGGGGAGGUCCAGACCUGCUCCAGAGACAGAUAAGGUUCUGUGACAGGCAUUACGGGCAGACUGGACCGAUGUCCUAGCAACAGCUCUGGCCAGUCUGGGCCCACCUGGAAAUUGUGGUGGCCAUGGGCCAGGAGUGUGAGUUGGAAAGUGGCCCAUAUACCUGCUCAGGGACCCUGUGACCAGAGCCACCAGUCAGGGUGAGCACAUUACCUGGCAAAACCCUGGCAUUGUAGCCUGGGCUACACCCUGGCAUUGUAGCCCGGGCUACAAUGUCUCCAGGGGUCACUGUCCCAAGGAAAGGAGGG